AUGCACUGGGGUGUUGGUCUGGCCUCGUCCAGGUCUUGUGUGGUUGAUCUGAGCAGGAAUCAGACCUUCUCCCUGUGCUGGUGUGCGGGAUCCGAGGACAACUACUCCUUUUAUGGGGACAUCAUCGCUUUCCCUGUGCAGGAUUACACUGGCGUUAUGUCAGGGCUGGGAUCGGAUUCCUGGUGGAAGAAAACCCUCUAUCUGACUGGGGGGGCCCUGCUGGCUGCUGCUGCAUACCUACUCCAUGAGCUGCUGGCAAUCAGGAAGGAGCAAGAAGUUGAUUCCAAAGAUGCCAUUAUAUUCCACCAGUUUUCGCGGCCAAACAAUGGUGUUCCUAGUUUAUCUCCAUUCUGUCUUAAAAUGGAAACAUACCUAAGAAUGGCUGACUUACCAUAUCAGAACUACUUUGAUGGGAAGCUGUCACCUCAGGGGAAAAUGCCUUGGAUAGAAUAUAACCACACAAGAGUGUCUGGCACCGAGUUCAUUAUUGACUUUUUGGAGGAGAAACUUGGAGUGAAUCUGAACAAAAACCUCAACCCUCAUGAAAGAGCCAUUUCCAGAGCAGUCACCAAAAUGGUGGAGGAACAUUUCUACUGGACCUUAGCCUAUUGUCAAUGGGUGGACAAUUUACAUGAGACUCAGAAAAUGAUCUCCAUCCCUGGGCCAUUUAGUGAUUUGUUGAAAUGGAUUUUAUGCCACCUUACAAAAGGCAUUGUGAAGCGCGAAAUGUAUGGACAAGGCAUUGGACGCUUCUCUGAGGACGAGAUUUAUAAACUGAUGGAGAAAGACAUGAGAUCUCUGGCUGGACUUCUUGGUGAUAAAAAGUAUAUCAUGGGACCAAAGUUUUCUACAUUAGACGCCACUAUUUUUGGACAUUUGGCACAGGCGAUGUGGACUCUACCAGGUACAAGACCUGAACAGCUCAUAAAAGGGGAGCUCAUUAAUCUUGCUAUGUACUGUGAAAGAAUAAGAAGGAAAUUUUGGCCAGAAUGGCAUGAUGACAACGACAACUCAUUAUAUGAAUCCGAUGACAGCGGUGAGGAAAGCAAGACGCACACUCCCCUACUGGACUUCAGUUUUUAUUCAAGGACUGGGACCUUUGAUGAUGAGGGAACAGAAAAUAGCAUUUCUCAAACCCCAGAUACUGAUUACACUGGACAUUCACUUUUUGACUCUGAUAUGGAACUGGAUGAAUAUAUUGAUCAAGAACAAUGCAAGUGA